UGAAAGAAAAAGAAAAAAGAAACCGGAAAUUGAUUACAGCACGUCACGAUGAACAAAAAAUGUGACGACAAAACAUUUCAUUUCCUCACAUACGGAUCGAGGAGAGCUUCCGGAAGGAAGUAGAUUUCUGUAUAUCCGGGGUAACUAGACUACUAGAGCUCUGCUGGGGUUUCGUAUAAAAAUCGAAAGAAACCAACAACUCACGAACGUGUCGUUUUGAUGAAAUUCUGAGACUCGGUCGUUUUGAUAUACGCUGGAGAGUUGAAAAUAUAUGCAAACUGAUAUUUUUAUUGAUUCUUAUUCAAUAUUUGAUUAUUGACGCAUCAGACACUUAAAAGACCAGUCCUAUGACGGGAGAGUCUUGGAGAAACUGCUGGUCAAUACUGGCCAUUUUGUUACUUCAUCACUUGUUGACUUAUUCUGAGUCUGUCAAUGUGACUGACCAAAGGAUCAAACACGUUCCGUUUUUGACCAAUUUAAAAGCUUCCGUCAAGUGCGCCUGUAGACAUCCGCAGCCCAGAUUCAUUCACAUCGAUGAUUUGGAAGAGUACCGCAUACCCAAUGCCAUAUUCCUGCCUGCGGCGCUGCUGAUUCAUCGCUGCGAUCGUUCAGUCGGCUACUGUCACGCUCCCGCUCACGAGUGCGCCUCGGUCGAGAGUGAAGAACAAGUUGUCACUUUCCACGUCAAGAACCUCUUCACGCCGUCCAAGCCGCGGUUGACGUCGGUCACGUUGAGAAAUCACACCAGAUGUCGGUGCGUCAGCAUCAGGUCCCGAACGGCCGGCCCUUCAACGACGGGAUUGCCGUCCUACUCUUUGAACGACAUUCCAGACGAGUGACGUGUCUAUCCCCCGUGCCACAGCAACUGCAGUGAAACUCUGAAAAAAUCACGUACCUGAGACUCGAAAAAAAAUACAAACAUUUAAUGGCCAUUAAUUUGAAUAUCAUCAAAAAAUUAAAUAUUCAUAUUUAUAAUAUGCAAAUCAAGUUGGGUGAAAAAAAAUAUAGACCUGGAACAUUUUAUUAAUUGACUUUUUCAAUUGUGUCUAGAGUGUGGUGAGAGAAAAAAAAAAUAUCACGUCCGACCGGUUUUGAUUGGACGUCGCAAUUGAAUUGAAUAUUCAAAUUCGUGACAAUUGGAUUUUUUUUUUUUUUUUUUUUUAGAUAUCCCGAAAAUUUCGUUCGUUAAUUCUGAUGUGUUGAUUGACGACUGCCAAGUGUCAAGCGACGCUAAAAAAGUUCCGUAUGCAAAUGAAGUGGUCGUCGAGCAUAGUUCUACUCGUAGAUGUACCUCACUCGAUUCCUAUCGAAUUUCGGCAUCGCUUCAAAAGAACUCGCCGAGUCACUCUCUUAAUGGCAUUUUCAAUCUAAAAAAUAAUUCUUGGAUUUAAUAUAUUACUAUUUCCCAUCAGGCGCCAUCAGGUGUCAUCAGAUAGGAAAUAGGCCGCGGCAAUUGAAACUACGCGCGCUCGG